GGAGACCAAAUUUACGGCGGUGAUGCGAGAUGUAUAAAAACUUUUGAUAUCCCCCUUACGCACCUCAAGCUCUUCACAUAUUGUGAUAAUUAGCAGAUUGUCUUUGCUACAAUAUAACCUAAGAUGCUUCUUUCUUACAGUACACUGUUACCAGUGUUGAUGGCGUAUGCCCAACUCGCCAAGGCAGAGGAUUAUGAGAUUGUCGGUUCCUUUAUCUUUGGACGUCACAACGACAGAGAAGCCAAACCAGCUACUGUUUUGACGCCAAUUGGUGCUACAAACCAGUACAUCACGGGUCAAUUCUACCGUGAGCGUUACUUCGGUAUUAAUUCCGAUGGCGAACGUAACGACACCUCCUCGACGUUGAUCAAAGGCUUGAACGAUGAGGGCCUGUUUGUCGAUGGCCAGCUAUACGCCGAAGCGAUCUCCAGUAACGUCAUCUUGUUCUCCCACUAUGCCUUUUUGCAAGGUUUAUACCCACCAACCAAUCUCGUGAAGGCAGAUUACGUUGAUGAGGUGAUGGCAGAAUUGGCCAACGGUACCGUUGUCGAGAACCCACUGGACGGGUACCAAUACGUCAAGUCCAACAUUCAAGAGAACGCCACUGACGCUUACAUCCACAUCAAGGGUGAUGUGAACUGUCCAUCUUUGACCAGUGCCACCAAGAAAACCAUGAAGAGCGAGCUCUGGUCCACCUAUUCUAACGAAUCCGCAGAGUUCUUGCAAUCCUUGUAUGAGUACGACUUCAUCAAGGAGACUUUCAGCGAGAGUGAGUUGACAUUCACAAACUCAAUGAACAUAUACGACGAGCUCAACGUUAACACUAUCCACAAUGCCACCGUCGCUAAGGAGAUCAGUGAAGAUGUCGUUCGUCAGGUUAAAGUGUGGUCUGACUUGUACCAGUGGACUUUGAGUGACAAGACCAUCAACACUAACCUAACCAUCGGCGCACAGUCUCUUUUGGGCAACAUGGUGACAAGAUUGAACACAACAAAGGUGAAGGGAACCCCAUUUUUGACGUACUACACUGGAUCUUUCAACACUAUGUUCCAAUUGGCUAGCAUCUUGGACUUGGAUCAACAAGAUGAGAGAUUCAAGACCAUGCCAGACUAUGGAUGUACCUAUGUUUUCGAAUUGCUCUCUGAUUCAAAUGAAGACAUUUUUGUUAGAUUCUCUUUCCAAAAUGGUACAUCCGAGUUAGGACAGGAACCAACAAGCUAUGCGCUGUUCAACUCCACCGACGAAAUCAUGCCUUGGGACGACUUUGUAACUAACGCAAAGAACGCUGGAAUCUCUGGUGUUUCCACUUGGUGUGAUGUAUGUGGCUAUAACGAUGGCUCUGAUACGGCCAUGCUUGAUAUGUGUGUUCCGUACAGCAAUUUGUACGAAUCUGCAAAGCAAUUGGAGGCUGAAGGUGUUAAUCUCAGCUCUAUUGACAUCGACUCCGAUGAUCAGGAUUCAGGUUCCAACUUGACCCUCGCUGAUGCCGGUGGUAUUGGUGCUGGUGUCACCAUUGGUGUGUUCAUCAUCUUGGGUGCUGCUUUCUUCUUGUUCAAGAAGGUCAGAUCUCGUAAGCAAACAAGUCCUGUCUUGCCACUUGCAAAGGAGGAUGCUGAUCACACGCAUUCUGAAAGUUCUACAGUCAAGAGUACUGCCUGAUACUUUGGUUCAAUCCGAUUUUUAUAAACGCUAAUAAAUUAUAUUUACUCUGUCUUGAACGUG